AUGGCGUGGGAAGCACAGUCGCGGCGUGCCCGCCAAGUGCAGUCGCGGCUCGAUGCCAAGCUAACGGGCUAUUCGCAGCUGGUAUUGGAAGCGGCAUCGAGUACUUCGCCGUUCAGCAGCGCGCCAUCCGAUGCCGUUGCACUCGAUAUGGAGAAUGGGGCGCAGCGUUUGGAUCGCGCCGCUGUCGAGACAGAGAUCCAAGCACUCCUUGCGCAGUACAAGGAGGCGCAAGAGGAGCUUGCGAUGCUGCUGAACGAUCCAAUGCUUCCUCCAUCACAGACGCAGCAGCAUGCCGUGCAGCGGCACCGUGAACUGCUAAUCGAACUCGAGCGCGACUUUUUCCGAUCGCGCACCAACCUAACGCAUGCGCUGGACAAAAAGGCAUUGCUCGGUCAUGUGAAGCAGGAUAUCGACUCCUACCGCUUGCAGCACGCGAAUGAAAUGGAGGCGUACUUGGACGAGCGGGGACACCUGCAGAAUGCGCACCGCAUGAUGGACGACACGCUCGACCAAGCGUAUGCAACACAAUCCGAGUUUCGCAGCCAGCACAGCCAGCUUGCAGGCGCAUUGACGCGCAUGCGCAACACGGUGGCUCAAGUGCCGGGCCUCAAUAACAUCCUCACGCUUAUAUCCCGACGUCGCCGGCGCGAUACGGUUAUUAUUGCGCUGGUAAUUGGCGUUUGUGUAUUUAUUCUGCUGAUGAUGGGAACGCGGUGA